CUCUUUAAGAACCAAAAAAGAAAGGGAAAAAACAAAUAUUAGCCUAAACUUGGGCACAGAAAGAAGCUUCGAGGGAGGAAAACUGGGUUCCAGCCUAAUUCCCUCCUCCACUUCUCCCUCUUCUUUUUCAUUUGCUUUCUCUAAGCCAAAUGCUAGGUCAACUACGAGAAAUAACCAUUUCCCGUUGAUUCCUCCAUGGCCUAAAUUUGUCUUGUUUAGGGUUUUCAGUGUUUUUUCUUUUGGUGAAAGAAGAAGGCACCGACCCGGUCGUUUUUUGUACUGACGCCUGCCUUUUGCUUCCCUCGGCCCUCAAAGAUCUAGAAGAAAGAAAAUCAUACUCCCAAGAAACCAGUAUUUGCAGGUCAGGUCUUGUUCUCGUUUUAUUUCUUCUUAGAAACUAAAGAGUCUUAGCAGCUAUCUAGAGUGUAGACCCACUUUUCUUCUCUCUCUUUGUAACCCUUUCCCCCCAUUUUGGCCAUCAAUCUUAUGGUGGAUUUUCAUCCCAAUCAUAUCAUCUAGUGUGGUAAAGAAGGUAAAAUUUUUGGAAGUGGGUCAUCAUAAUGAACUUUGUGCUAGAAGAAAAAGGCUAUUGUAAUAACGAAGAGGAAGAUGAUGAGGAAGUGAUAAGAGAAACGAGCAACUUCCCAUUUUCCUCUUCCUCUUCUUCUGCUUCUUCAAAGUACAAAGAUAUUGCUCCUCAGCAACAUCAAAACCUGUGGCUGAGAACGUUGGAUUCUCAAGCAGAUUAUAAAUCCCAAGAGUCUGCUAUCAAUUUUGACAAGAAACUAGAGCUGAUGGACUUGUCACUUGGCAACAAUAACGAAGAAUCAAAUAUCGGAAGCUGUAGAGGUGGUGAUAGUAGUAGGUCUAUUGAGAAAGAACACAUGUUUGAUAAAGUCGUCACACCAAGCGAUGUAGGGAAGCUCAACCGCCUCGUUAUACCAAAGCAACAUGCCGAGAAGUACUUCCCUCUUGACUCUUCAUCAAAUGAAAAAGGGCUGUUAUUGAAUUUCGAAGAUCGGAACGGCAAGUCGUGGCGGUUCCGGUACUCCUAUUGGAAUAGUAGCCAGAGUUAUGUGAUGACCAAAGGGUGGAGCCGUUUUGUCAAGGAAAAAAAGCUUGAUGCAGGUGACAUCGUGUCAUUUCAACGGGGUGUUGGGGAGUCCGGAAAAGACCGGUUAUUCAUUGAUUGGAGGCGCAGGCCUAAUGCACCUGAUCCAACAUCGCUUGCGCAUUUUCAGCUCCAAAAUCAGUUUAACUUUCCUCAGUCUGUCCGGUGGGGUAGACUCUACUCGCUGCCUCCUCAACCCAUGUGCAUGCCACGAAACUAUGAACCUUUGCAUAGGUUGAAUUACAGCAUUUAUCCUUAUAAUCAUCAUCAUCAUCAUCAACAACAACAACAACUACAAUUGCAGCAGCAGCAGCAGCAACAUCAUCAGGCAUUUACUUAUGGCAAUGUGGCGCAGUAUCACCUAAGGUCAUCAUCUGGGUCACAUCAUCAUCAUCAAUAUCAUCAAAUUGGGGCAGUGCAAGAAGGAGGAGGAGAGCCAAUGGUGAUUGAUUCAGUGCCAGUUGUUCAGGGUAAUAAAACUGCGGCUAAAAGGCUAAGGUUGUUUGGUGUGAACAUGGAGUGUCCUACACAAGAUGAAUCUUCCUCGACUUUUCCUCAUGGCACAAACACAAUAGGUUCAGAUGACUCUCCUCAUUUCUCUUUCUCUUCUCUCCAAUCAAGAUUGUCCAAUAAUAAUAAUACCCCACUGUCCGGAAUGGAAGCUGAAUAUUCAAAGAAAGGAAAAUCUUCCUUGUCCAUUGAUUUGGAUCUAUGAUGAGGAGAAAUACAGUGAACCGGUUGCAUUUUCUUCUUGUUGCCUUUGUCAUCAAAAUUGCGACAGGCGGCACUGGAUUUAAGAAAGAGGGUUAAAAGUUAUUCAAGAUAAGUUUUAGCUUCUGAGUUUUUUUUCCUUUUUUUUAUUUAUUUCUUUAAAUAUUGUUUUAGUACAUUAGUUAGUUGAGGUUUGGGAUCUGUGAAGAGCUAAAGAAGAAGGUGCAACAUAUGGAGUUGAAAAUUGUGUAUAAUACAUAUACAGAUAUAUCAGCAUAUUCCCAACUUGUUUAUUAAAUCAUAUUUUCCAUUACUAGGCACUGGCCUUUCCAAACUGCA